AUGGCUCGACCCUCCGUGGUGCAAGAGUACGCACCACCCUCCGCGCCCACCCUCAGCAUCGACCAAAAGUCCGCAACCGAGCGCCAAAACUACCAAGUCGCUCGACCCCAAGGCUAUCGCGUCUCAUGGCACGCCAACCCAGCCGUCGAAGCCCACCACUUCGGCCAAUCGCACCCAAUGAAGCCAUGGCGCCUAACCCUGACCAAACAACUAGUCAUGGCCUACGGCAUGCAUCAUGCAAUGGACCUGUACCUCGCGCGCGCAGCAACCUAUGAAGAAAUGGCCGACUUCCACGAAGCAGACUACCUAGACUUCCUGCGCCAAGUAAUGCCAGGCGAUAUAGACAGACCCGAACAAAGCGACAACGUAAUCCGCUUCAACUUCGGCGACGACUGUCCCGUCUUCGAUGGCCUCUACAACUACUGCAGCCUCUACGCCGGCGGCACCGUCGACGCCGCCAGAAAACUAUGCAACAACCAAUCCGAAAUCGCAAUCAACUGGAGCGGCGGCCUCCACCACGCCAAAAAAGCCGAAGCCUCGGGCUUUUGCUACGUGAACGACAUCGUCCUCGGUAUCCUCCAACUCCUCCGCCACCACCCGCGCGUCAUGUACAUCGACAUCGACGUCCACCACGGCGACGGCGUGGAACAAGCCUUCUGGUCAACAGACCGCGUGCUAACAGUCUCCUUCCACAAAUACGACAAAGACAACUUCUUCCCAGGGACAGGCGCCCUGGACGACACAGGCCCCUCGCACCCCCUCAAUCCCGGCGCUCACCAUUCAAUCAACGUCCCCCUGAACGACGGCAUAGAUGACGACUCCUACAUUCAGCUCUACCACGAGGUAAUCGGCGCCUGCGUCUCGACCUACCGCCCAGGCGCAAUCGUCCUCCAGUGCGGAGCAGACAGUCUGGGCUGCGACAGACUAGGCUGUUUCAACCUGAACGUGCGCGCGCACGGCGCCUGCGUAGCCUUCACGAAGACAUUCGGAUUGCCGCUGCUGGUGGUCGGAGGCGGCGGAUACACGCCCCGAAACGUGUCCCGAGCUUGGGCGCAUGAAACCUCGAUCCUGCUAGACGCAGACGCGAUACUGGAUCCGACGAUCCCGGAUAGCGUGGCAUUCCGGAACCAUUUCGGGCCUGAUUUCUCGCUUUUCCCGCCCUUGUCUGAAAUGCGGAAACUUGAGAAUAAAAAUCCGCGGCCUUAUCUUGCUGGGCUUGUUGAGGCUGUUCAUGAGCAGUUGCGUUAUAUUCAGGGCGCGCCGAGUGUGCAGAUGAGUUUUAUUCCGCCUGAUAUUCUGGGGUUGAGGGAGGAUACGGAGAAGGAGAUUGAGGAGCAGAUGUUGCUUGCUGAGGAGGAGCGGGAGGAGUUUGAGGGUGGUGGUUCUGUUGCUAGUGCUUCUGCUUCUCGUGCUGGGUCGCAGACUGCUCACACUGGUUCUGCUGGGGCUAUUCCGAGGCCUAAUCGGCGGAGGGAGCUUGAGCGCGGUGCUGGGUAUAAGGGGGAGCUGUAUUCUUGA